AUGUCAACAUCGGACGAUCUCCUCAGUUGGGCCAGUCGAAACGACAUUAGAUGCGAUGGCUUCAAACUCGUCCAAACACCAGGACGAGGCACCGGUGUCUUUGCGGAUCGCCGCAUCGAAGCUGGAGAAGUCAUACUCGAAGUGCCUGUCAAGAUGAUGCGUAACAUUGACUCUGUCCCGCGUGGCAUCCGCGACAAAUUACCGCCACGCUGGUCCAUACAUAGUUCUCUGGCAGUUGAUCUCUGCUUCAAUCAAAUCGUCGCCCCUUGGCAGGCAAUUCUUCCCACAAUUGACGACUUCAGGAAUUCAUUGCCGCUCAUGUGGCCGCCACAGGUUAGUAAAUUUAUCUUGACGGACGCCUUGGGCUAUACGCAACUGUCAACUAUGCCCAAGGUUUGUGGACAUGCAUCGAUCAACUUCGGCGACAUUUGA